GCUCCCGGUGCUGCCGGUGAUCGCCUGCCCAUGGAAGGGAUGCCAGCAGCGCCUUCCUGUCCUGAGUGGAAGCAGUCCUUGGACGCAUCCAGUAUUGGAGGCGAUAUCCCCAUCAGCUGGUGCGCAGCCGCCUCUGGAGUGCAGGCCAGUGCUCGUUCUUAGAGCGAAAACAAUCAGAUUUGCUCUGCCUGCUUUCUAAUAAACGAGCUGUGACUGAAAGAAGGCAGCAGCUGAGUGCAGUGGCACAAGCCGUUCACACACAGUCCCUGUAGUACUGGAGAGGCUGAAUUGAGACUCCCAAAAAGAAAGGGAAAAAAAAAGGAAAUUGCCUCUUUAAACCUGCAAAAUCUGACUACCUCAUUUUAUUCCCUUUAUAUCUGCUUGUGCUAGCACUCCCAGAACCACUGCCUGCCGGCUUUCACAAACGACUGGCAAAUCACCGAGUUGAUGCCUGCUUUGGUUCAUCCAUGGGAAGCUCUGCACGAGCGCUGCUGAAACAGAGCAGGUGUGCGGUGGGGUUGGAAUCAAUUCCUCACCUUCACAGCGGCACGGAAAGCUCGCUAAAAGCAACUCAAAACCACCUCAUUUUUAUGUAGCAGAUGGACAGAGCGCGCAUGCUUGGCGUGUGGAGGCGGCAAUCUCCUGCCCCAGCAGGAGCAUCCCGGGAGCAAACGCAGCUCCAGAGGCGCGGAAGGCAGCGGGAUUGAAGUUCCACCCGCCCCGACUCCUUGUUUGUUGACCCGGCCUGAUGCGUGCACGCCCGUGUGUCAUUUCCGUGCCCCCGCAGCCGUAAAACUCCGUAGCGGAGCACCGGGGCACGCGUGCCGGGGGAAGGCGCGGGGCGGCGGCGCCAGGAAGCGGCGGUGCCGCCCCGGGCAGCGCCCAGGGGCCCUGGGCCGAACGCGAACGGGAACCGGGGCCGGUCCUGCAUGUGGGAAAUAUGAAUGACUGGCAGAGAAAAAGCCCUCUAGACUGGGAAACGUAUGUGAACAAAUUGGUGAAAGUUGUUGCAGUUGAGAAACACGAAUAUGAAGGAUGGGUUUUAACAGUUGACCCGGUUUCUGCCACCAUCGUCCUCGCAACAUUCCCAGAGAACGAGAAAGGGUCCCUGUCGUUCGUCAUGGGCCACGCCGUCCAAAAGGUGGAAAUACUGCGGGAAGGGGACGGGGACACGGAGCAGCGCCUCGCUCGCAUCCUUGCGCCCCAGGAGAGCCCAGCCUACAGCCCGGAGGAGCUGGACAGGAGGAAGAACGCCUUGAAGGCUUGGCUGGAGACAAACCACAUCCCGGUGGGCGAGCAGGGGGAGCGGGGCAGGACGCUGAGCGUGGCGGGGGUGCUGAGCAUCGAGCCCCCGUACGGCCCCGAGCAGUGCAGCAGCGCCAACGAGAUCAUCCUGGCCCGCGUGCAGGGCUUGCUGCAAGGCUACCUCGAGCAGCAGCCCUGCUGAGGGACCCUCCUGUCCCCAGGAACUCUCCCGGCACCAGUAGUCACCGUUUGCAGAAAUGCUGCAAUUUCUGUAAUUGCGGAAAUGUUUUAGGUACUUCUGUCUAAGCACAAGCGGGGUUUUUUUGUGCGCUGUUUUUGUUAGAAGCAAGCCGUUGGACAGUGCUGAUGUAUUAAACUGGUUUGUCAUUUUAACCUGUCAGUUUACAAUUUGUAAGAGAUGAUAUGUAUGAUACAUUUAAACUCUUUUCCCUUUAAAACUAAUUUACUUACCUAGUGCUGCAGGCAUGUUUAUUUCAACUGCUUACCAGAUUCUUUUCUUUUUGGAAAUUUAGAAUUAUGACACCUGGACUUCCCAAACCAAAUUUUAAAAAAUGUUUAGAAGGCUGUUUUGUUUUGUUGUUUUUGUGGCUGGUUGUUUGUUUGUUUUUCCCACUACUUUUCUCCUGGUUUAGAACACAAAUUACAAUGUAUGUCCGAGUUUGUAACAUUUUUAGGGAAGGUUAGCAGGGAAAUAGCAAGUUUUAAAACCAUUACCUGUGUGUAUUUGUUAUUUUAGAGCAGCAGUGCUUGGAAAACCAGUGUUCCCUAAAAGGAAAACCUGUUGCAAUUCAUUAAAUUUGUUUCUUAAGGCUGUUUCUAGUUUAUGCCAACACACAAUGCAGGAAUGUGAUGAUUCCUGAGAUCAUUAAUGCAGCGAGCAACAUUUAGAGCCCUCAUUUAUCUCAUUGCAUUUGUUCUGCUUUAUUAGAAGAUGAGCACAUUAGUAUGUUCAAAUGCAGAGGGAAAGUCUGCCUAACCCUUGUUCCUGAAAGGCUCUCCUCAAUCCUGCUGGGAUUUAUCUAAAAUUACUUUGAA